GGCAUCCACAAAACAGGUGGCUUUAUAUUUAAAAUACUAACUCUGCUGUCAGUGACAAGAAGCUGUGUUGCUGUCUUGGAAGUAUUACUGCACUUAGAGCAUACUGUGUUAUAAACAGCAUGUUCCUGUCUUUUUUGCUAAGGGGGAGAAAUAAGAAAUGUGAGGCUUCUGGGCUAAACGUAAUCAUGGCUGGAGAGUAUGUGUGUGUGUGGUGGAGGGUUGUUUUGACACUUAGUGCUGUAAAAUAGGGCUUAGAAGAUAAAAAAAAAAAAAGUAAUUGAGUAAAUGGGGUGUUAUAUCAAAUUUGGGGACUUUGUCUCUAAGACAUUUGUAGUUUCAGCCUAUCUGUCCCUGGCCACUGAAGAUCAGUAGAUGGGUUGAAAACCAGGGGGAGUUAAGUGGGAGGGAGAUGAAGUGUACAAAAAACUGCUGAUCUGUCUGUUCCUGGCUAAUUUGAACCAGACCCUCCAGGGAAUGGGAGGACGUUCCCACCUGGAAUUCAGAUUUUGUGUUGAAUGUAGCUAAAACUAAAGAUCUGGUAAGGACAGCGCAGCUCCGGUAUCCUGCAAUGAAAGGCUAAAUCACAGUCUGUCUCUGCGUCUCUCCUGUCAGUUCAGCAUGCUCGCUUUUGGCAUCUCUCAUGGAUCUCAAAAACUGUUGACAAAAAGCAACAGGAGAUUGUUGUUGGUUUUUUCCCCCCCCGCCCCAUCUUUAUAUUCAGACUAUAGCUGCUUCCUCUUUCCUACUCACAUUUUCCCAUAUGGUGACUUUGGAAAAUUCCUCUCCGAUUUCAUUGGGAAGUGCAGGAAACUCUUGUUGGUAGAGGGUUGCCUAUUACUCUCACUCAUUCUGCUGCUCACAUCUGGAAAGGAUCUGGUUUGGAAAGGGGAUAGUCGCUCUGAGCUCAGUGUGUGUAAGGGGCAUGGCAUGAGCCAAGGCAGCCUGUGGGGGCAAGAGAAAUGUUCUUCUCCAUUCAUCUGAUUUCUGACAGCAAAGGGGCGAUGCCAGCCGGGGGCCGAGCGCUGCUGGCGCUGGGGCUCCUGGCGCUGGGCUGUGCCGCCGCUCGCCCGCCUCCCGCCGACAACGACUUCCCCGAGCGGCGGCGCCCGCCCGGGCCGGCCCCCGCCUGCCCCCGCGACUGCGGCUGCACCCAGGAGGGCGUCGUGGACUGCGGUGGCAUCGACCUGAAGGAGUUCCCGCUCCUGCUGCCGGAGCUGACCAACCACCUCUCCCUGCAGAAUAACCAGAUAGAAGAAAUCUUCCCAGGAGAGCUCGCCCGUCUUUACAGACUGGAAACUCUCAAUUUGCAAAACAACAGGCUGACUUCAAAAGGGUUGCCAGAGGAAGCAUUUGAGCAUCUGGAGAACCUGAAUUACCUGUACCUGGCAAACAACAAGCUAACAGUGGCUCCAAAGUUCCUACCAAAUACCUUGAUCAGUGCAGAUUUUGCAGCCAAUUAUCUCACUAAGAUAUAUGGGCUCACCUUUGGACAGAAACCAAACUUGAGAUCUGUGUAUCUUCAUAACAACAAACUUUCAGAUGCUGGGUUACCUGAUAAUAUGUUCAAUGGCUCUAAUAAUGUGGAGAUACUCAUCAUGUCCAGCAAUUUCUUGAAGUAUGUUCCAAAGAAUCUCCCUCCAGCACUAUAUAAAUUACACUUAAAGAACAACAAGCUAGAGAAGAUUCCCAAAGGAGCCUUCAGUGAACUCACAGGUCUGCGGGAGCUGUAUUUGCAGAAUAACUACUUGACUAACGAAGGAAUGGACAACGAAACUUUCUGGAAAUUGUCUAGUCUUGAAUACCUGGAUUUGUCCAGCAAUAACCUCUCAGAAAUCCCAAGUGGUUUACCUCGAAACAUUGUCCUCCUCCACCUGGAGAAGAAUGCAAUUAAGGUGAUUGGCAGAGAUGUCUUGACCCAAAUUAAGAACCUGGAGUACCUUCUGCUCCACAAUAACAAAUUAAAAGCCCGAGGUAUUCACCCAUUAGCCUUCCAGGGCUUAAAGAAGCUGCAUACUGUCCACCUGUACAACAACAUGCUGGAAAGGAUUCCCAGCGGGCUGCCCCGACGAGUGAAAACGCUUAUGAUCCUUCAUAACCAGAUCUCUGAGAUUAACAGGAAUGACUUUGCUACCACUUAUUUCCUUGAAGAGCUGAACCUGAGCUACAAUAAGCUCAGAAGUCCCCAGAUCCAUCGGGAGGCCUUCCGUAAACUGAGGCAACUAAAGUCCUUGGAUCUUUCUGGAAACAAUCUCAACACUGUGCCCUAUGGCUUUCCAAAGAACUUACAGAUUCUGAAGCUGAAGGAGAACGAGAUAAGCAUGAUCCCAAAAGGGACUUUGUCCGGGAUGACAAAGCUGCGGGAACUGUAUUUGAGCAACAAUAAACUGAAAGUAAAUUCCAUUUAUUCAAGAGCAUGGAGAGAACUCAGCAGUCUCCAGUCACUAGACAUGGCCGGCAACCAGCUGACUUCUGUCCCGUCAGGCCUGCCAGAAUCUCUAGAGUAUCUGUAUCUUCAGAACAACAAGAUCACAAUGGUUUCAGAGAAUGCUUUUGAAUCCACACCCAAAAUAAAGGGGAUUUACCUCAGGUUUAAUAAGAUUGCAGUUGGAGCACUGAAGGAAAGUAUCUUCCAAAACCUAAAGCACUUACAGGUACUGGAUAUUGAAGGGAACCUUGAAUUCAGCAACAGUUCAAAGAAUAAGGAUGACUCAGAAGAGGAGGAGGAAGUGGAAGAUGAGGAAGAGGAAGAAGAACUAAGAUAAAACGUGAACUCGCACAAGCACAUCAUGUGGGAGGAAAGCAUAUGGAAAAUUACGUAUAUAUCUAUAUGUAUAUAUCUCUAAAGAUAUACAGAGAACACUUAGCAAAACGUGCAAUGAAUCACACAGAAACUGUCAUGGCACUGGGCCAGGCUCAUGGAAGACAGUGUGCUACAGUGUCCUAUUCAGGGAGAGACCCUGAAUGCCUUUCCAAAGCUUCCAAAUCAUCUUAUACAAGACCGAGGAUCACAAGGGAUUGCUCUGGAACUCACAAAAGCUGGCUUUUGUUUCUUCUGUUUCUCUUCCUUCACUGUUUCCAUCUGUAAUAACAAUAUGGGACUGUUUUGAACAUGUGCCUUCAAAUGCUGUUUUUGUCACUGCAUUUUAAGUGAACCAAGUAUAUGCUUCUUUUCUUUUCCUCCAACCCCAAAGAAGCUGUUGUUGAUCAGGGAAGAUGGAUAUUUGCAGUAGUUUCAUGUGUGGAACAGUAUAUGAGGCAUUUUGGUCAUCAAGCAGCAGUAAGAAUUCUGGAUGCAACUAUUCCUCUGUUAUAACAAUGUGUAUAUUUGGAUGUGAAAAACAAAGUAAGGCUGGAUCCCAUAGUAUUUUAUCUCUACUGCCAAAGCCUGCAGUAUAUGCCUCUUUUAGAAAGGUUGUAAGAUAAAACAAUUGCUAUUGUGAAUAUAGAUAUAUAAAAGCUAUAUGUCUGCCUUCAAGAGCUUGGCUAAAGUUUCUGUCUUGCUCUUGUUUGCCCAUGUGGCAGUUGUGUGAAUGUCUCGGAAGGUGUGUCCAGAAGACUGAGUAACAGGGUGCAGUUUCAUACAACUGAUAGAAUUUUUCACAUAUUGUGUAUCAUUCACAUGAAGAGUCAGAAGUGAGACUUAUGAAGAAAAGGAGAUCAGUGAGUGUGCGGUGUCUUAGGAGAAAACUGUUAAGGGUCAAGAGAAAUUUCUUUGUUUAGUUCAAGUCUGGAGACAGUGCCUCACCUAUUUUAUGGUGUUAAGUAUUCUCAGGUCUUGUUGGAAUAAUGGAAAAUAAGGAAAACAAGGACAAGACAACCUGCAUGGCAAGCUACCUAUUUGAUUAUGGUGUCCUUCAUCUGAGUUAGCUAAUCUGCUUGAGGAAACAGUCUUUUAUUUUGAGGGUUUCUGAUAGAACACGUGUUAUUUUGCAUACUGCAUUCCAGGAUUUACUUGGAAACACAUUUGGCUGAAUUUUUCACCAGCUGUUUUUCCUGAUGGAGAAGUUCUAGUUCUGCACUGUCCGUUUGGGUUCCCGUAGCACACAACAGUAAUUUCAAGCUGCUAUUUCUUACCUUAGACAAUUCAACAGGAUUAUGAAUCACAGAAGGAAAGAUUGCUUCCUGAAAAAAAAUAAAAGCUUGACCCUAAAAAUUGCCAAACCCCCCCUUAUUUUUGAAUAUUAACUAUACAGCUGAGCCACAAAAUAGCCUUCCAAAUGACUUCCUGGAUAGAUUUCAGUGUAAAAUGUUUACAGAAUAUAGAUCAAAACAAUUAGCUAUCUUCAGCAAACCGCAGUGGAAAUUUUGCCAUUCUUUGCUGAAACAAAUCAAUUUAUUAUACUCCCGGACAAGCUGAGAAUAUGCAGAUUUGUGCAGUUUUAUGGAGAACUGUUCAAUUACCUUUUAACUUCGGUCCCUUACACUGCAAUUCUGUGAGAAGUUAAGUGUCCCUUUGAAUCCCUUGAGAGUCGAAUGUGGUGAAUGAUGGACUGAAGGUACAUUUUUAGCACCUUGUAGAAUCGGGCCCAAAAAUUCAGGAUGAUGGGUGCACUGUUAAACUUCUUAAAUCAAGCAUCAGCCUUUGCCAAAGGAGACCCACCUACAGUGAAAGGAGAAUAUCUCAUAGACCAGUAGAGUUAAGAAACCCUUUUCCAAGUUUAUUUCAAAGCAGUUGCACACUGAAUCUGUCCUUUAAAGAGGACAAUGUUUCCCAGCAGAAAAAAAGAAGAUACCCCUUCUCCCCAACAAAAGCCUUAGUGCCCCCCCGCAAGAGGAAUGUCUUUUGAUUGUAAUGUAAGAGAUCAAUGAGGCAGAAUCACAGGCUUGAUUCCUCGUUUAUCUGGUAUCAUCAGCUUCAAUGACAUUGGACAUAAAAUUGUCAAACGAAAA